AUGAUCCAAGAUGUAACACAAAUAGAAUAUAUUAAAGCAUUCAGCCAAUUAACUCCUCCAAAUAAUAUAAAAUUUGCAUCACGCAUUCCGAAUAAUAGGUUCUGCAUAUACUUUUCAAGUAAAAACAUCGUCGAAAAAAUCAUCAUAAAACAACCUUUUAUUACUAUAAACAACACAGAAAUACCGUAUCGCCGUCUUAUCAACCCAGCCAAACGCAUAAUAAUAUCCAAUGUCCAGCCGAUAAUUCCACAUGACAUAAUCGCAAAAGCAAUUAACAACCUUCCAUUAAAAUGUUAUCACCAAUUACAUUUAUGA